GCCAACUUCACCUUGCACUCGUACAGCGACAAGCUCGCCACCAUCUUUCCCUCCACCAACGUUGCCACUAGGGCUAGUCCAUAACUACAAAGGCCGAGUCUUUACUACCGUAUAUUGCUACCGACUUCGAAUCUGCCCCUAUAGAUUCACGCUCUUGUUCCGGAAUCGAUUUUUGCGGCGGGCCGACAAACUUCUCAUCUAUCUAUCCUUAGCAAACGCAGUACAUUGGAAAUGGCUAGUGCUAGCGCUGCAGGCCAACCAGGCGUGGCCCAACUGCCCCCUGACGGAACGCCUACGCUGCAUAAAGGUCGGAAAGCGCCUGUACUUCCAUGGCCAGACAUUGGUUACCUUGCAAAGUGGUCGGUUUCGUCGUACAAGUUUGGUUUUGGUCCCGAGUGUCUUCGAGAUGAUGAUCCGGAUACAUUCUGGCAUUCAGACGGGCCACAACCCCAUUUCAUUACCAUUGAAUUUCCACGCAAAGUAGCUGUUCAAAAACUAAGCAUAUUCCUCAGCUUCGCUCUUGACGAUUCCUACACCCCUUGCACACUCUCAGUCCGAGCAGGAACAGGCCCAAGUGAUCUGCAAGACGUUAGACUGUUUGCGCUGGAGAAGCCAGAUGGUUGGCUAACCUUCGACGUUUCGACUGAACCCAAUGAGGAUGGCGAAGGUUUCAAACCUGUACAUGCAUACGUGAUCCAGGUCGUUAUCCUGGCUAACCACAUGAACGGCAAAGAUACGCAUGUCCGAGGACUAAGAGUUCUUGGGCCUAUUGAGGAAGCACCAGCUGACGGUGAUGACCCCUUUCCAUUCGUCUCCGUCAAGUUCAAGAUGCAUCAAUGUAUCCGAUAGGCGUGGUUCGUGGACGCGUGCGCUUCACGUCUGGCCGUCUCUAUCCACACAUAUUCGUCGCUGCCAGCCGCCCAGGACUCGGCUACAGUGAGUCACCAUGUUACAUCUUCGCGCCCGCGUUGAAUCUUGCGCUUGGUAGGAAGAAGACGAAUGAAAAUCGCAGACGAGCAAUUGUCAAUGAAGUGCGCGUUGGUAGAGUCCGCCGUCGAGCUUCGGGCAUUCAAGACCGACCUUCCAGAUACUGCUAGCCGUUGGAGCCACGCAACUAGCCCCAUGGUACUGUGAGAUGUAGAUUUGAACGACUGAUGAAUGAAAUGAUGGCAGCGAAGACGUGUGGUGACCAACUGUCUUGAACGUUGGGCUGGCUCCGCCUUGGCCAGGUUUUAUGUGAUGUUUCCUAGCAAUCAGACGAUCGCGAUUAACCUAGAGGUUAGCCUUUC